UCCUAGUACACAAAGAGGAUUAUGGGAUUUCCCUCAGUUGUGCUGUUAGUAGCUCUGGCUUGUACAGUAUUUCUUCAUCAUAAACACUCUGAGCCAUUAUGAAUAGGAAAAAGAAGCUUCAUCUUGUCAGAAAAAUAUGAUCCGAAAUUUCAUAUGCAAUGAUUCGGAAGAGGAAGAGCUGACAGGGAUUAUUCGUACAAUUCCUCGGGAGACCAACAAAAGAGCCCAAGAGCAAAAAGAAAGACUCUGCAUAGACCAACAGCAAGAGACAAAGGACCAUAGAGAGCAACAAGAGGAGGAGGAAAGGUUCCUCACGGAAAGCCAGCAAGGAGAAGGCUUUCUGCACAGGGACCAGCAGCAGGAAAAAGAUAGGCUGGCCAAUCAGCAUCAAGAAGAAGAAGAAGAGAGACUCCGAAGAGAGUAUCAAGUAGAAAAGCUACAUCGAGAGCAGUAUGGAGAGGAUGAAAAUCUCUGCAGGGAGCAGCAGCAUCAAGUGGAGGAGAGACUUCUCAGGCAACAUCAGGAAGAAACUCUCAGAAGAGAGCAGCAGGAAGAAGACAGGCUGCGCAGAGAGCGCCAAAAGGAUAUAAGACUACGCUGGGAGCAGCAGGAAGAGAAAGUGCAGAAAGAACAGCACGGAGAGACGUUCUGGGGGGAGCAGGAAGCUGAAAGCCAUAGGAGGGAUCAGCAGAAUUACCACAUAAUGCAAUAUGAGGAGAAUUCUCCCACAGAGCAGGAAAAGGCCUUUUACAGUGAUGCUAUGCUGCCAGAGGCAGAGCUGAUAUCUAUCGGGCACGUUAAGCAGGACAAUAUUGAGGGGGAGUACUUCAGCAAUACCCUUCCAGUCCUGCCGACAAGAUGGGGCUGUCCACCUUUAGUACCACCACCACCUCCAAGUCCUUCUAGACCUAAGAGCCCAUGGGGAAAGCUGGACCCCUAUGACUCCAUUGAGGAGGACAGAGAAUACGUUGGAUUUGCCACACUUCCAAACCAGGUGCAUAGAAAGUAUGUGAAGAAAGGCUUUGAAUUCACUCUCAUGGUCGCAGGUGAGUCUGGUCUUGGAAAGUCCACUCUUAUAAAUAGUCUCUUCCUUACGGAUCUAUAUAGCGACCGCCAGAUACCAAGCCCAGAAGAUUGUGUGACACAGACUGUGGACAUAGUGAAGCAGACGGUGGACAUUCAGGAGAAGGGUGUUCGACUGCGCCUAACAAUAGUGGACACGCCGGGCUAUGGGGAUGCAAUAAAUAAUGAAGACUGCUGGAAACUAGUGGCUGAUUACAUUGACCAGCAAUUUGAGCAAUACUUCAGAGAUGAGAGUGGCCUAAAUCGCAAGAAUCUCCAAGACACGCGUGUACACUGCUGUCUGUACUUCCUGUCACCUCUGGGACAUGGAAUGCGGCCUCUGGACAUAGAGUUCCUGCGAGCAGUGCAGGACAAAGUGAAUAUUGUCCCAAUCUUGGGAAAAGCUGACAGUCUGACACCUAAAGAGCUGAUUCAAAAGAAACAGAGGAUCCGGGAGGAGUUGGAACAUUUUGGAAUUCAAAUCUAUCAGUUUCCAGAAUGUGACUCUGAUCAAGAUGAAGACUUUAAGACUCAGGAUAUGGAAUUAAAGAAAAGCAUUCCCUUUGCUGUGAUUGGCUCCAACACCAUUGUGGAGAUUAAUGGGAAGCGUGUCAGGGGUCGACUGUACCCCUGGGGGGUUGUAGAAGUGGAGAACGAGCAGCACUGUGACUUUGUCAAGCUACGCACGAUGCUGAUCCGCACUCACAUGCAAGACCUUAAAGAUGUGACCCGAGAGACCCACUACGAGAACUACCGGGCCCAGUGCAUCCAGAACCUGACACAGCGGGUGGUCAGAGAACGGAACCGAAAUAAACUAACUCGUGAGAGUGGUACAGACUUUCCAAUCCCCAGCGUGCCUCCAUCACCAGACCAUGACACCUUGAGACUCAUCCGGGAGAAAGAUGAAGAGUUGCGGAGAAUGCAGGAGGUGCUUCAGAAGAUGCAGCGGCAGAUGAAAGACUCCCAUUAAACCUUUGCUGUGCCACUUCCAAUCUCUUAUCAUAAUACCUCACAUUUCCCACAGUCUUCCCUUUAGAUGAAUGCCGCAGCUAGAACAUAGACAAGUGCAGGUACUAGAGGAACAUGAAGCUGUAUUACUGUAGGUCUGGGGAGUAAAUGUGGGGGUUGGGCUAGAAAGAGGACAGCAAAGUAAUUGAGUAAUGAUUUAUUUUCUUUAACGCAUCUUUAUAAUUAUGCCGGGGUUUAAAGGGGUUGCCACAUCCAAAACAUACAUCUCUUUCAGAUUUGGAAUUAUAUUCAGAGUCUGUUUAAUAACUAUAGUGAAUGGAAGGCAUUUCUGUAAACAAAAUGACCUUUUUUUCCUAUCUAUCAUAUUGAUGUGGUGAGGUCAGGUAUAUUUAACAGCAUAGACUGUACUGUGAGUUGUACGUGUUCUAAGAUAUUAUUCAAAAUUGUAUCCCUUAAGAUCCCAUUAAUGAGCAAAGGCUUCAUUACAAUGCACAAUGCCACCCUUCAAACAGCACUGGCUGGUCUCCCACAUUACCUUAGUCUACCGGACAGGGUGCCUGCUAUGUUGAAGCUUACGUUUCACCUUCUUAAUUGACUGUAUUUUAUUUACUACAGCAUGAACAACAGGAAACCAUGUAAAAGGGAAAGUACAACAAAUACACAUUUAGCAGGCACUUCUAGACAAACCACAAAUAAAUAACUACAUAAAGCAUUAACCCACGUCAACCUAUUAAUACUAUUUUUGUCAUCUUAAACAGUUUAAGUACACAACUUUGUGAUGUACUUUCCUUAGAACACACAGCCUUUUGGCCAUCUGUUACAGAACUACUUAAUGAUAAAAUAAAUGGCACCCUAUAAAUUAUAAAUAUAACUAAAAUAAAAUGUUGGAGGUAUUUCUUUGAUGAUAGUGAUGAACAUGUGUAGCAUAUAAGCUUAGGCUCAGGUGAAGGAGACAUAUUAUAGUAACCAUCUUUGAAAAGUCACAUUAUACCUUCAGUAGCGCCUUAAAUCGAUUGCCUUCUUCCUUACGUUAUAUGCUGACUAUUCCUGCAUGUGUUAUUUCUCCAUCGCCUGUGAAUACACUUUUGCUUCAACUGAGGAACUGAACAAACAGCCAAGCAGACACUGCUAAUCCCUGGUGAUAUUAAACUUUUUCAUCCUUCA